AUGGCAAUGGCAAAUAACAAAACACUAUGUUAUACAUGUAAUGAAGAAAAAAUAACAUUUAAUUGCAAAGGAUGUUCAAAAGAAUUUUGUUUAACGGAUUUAAUAGAACAUUGUGAAAUAUUAACUAAUGAAUUACAUUCUAUCACUUAUCAAUACAAUGAAUUUAAACAAAAAAUCAAUGAACAAAAACAAAAUCUACAGAAUCAUUUAUUAAUAGAACAAAUUAAUCAAUGGGAAAUAGAAUCAAUUGACAAAAUUCAACAAAAAGCACAAGAGUACAGAGAAAAUGCUACUAAAUCAUUACAAACAUGUAUUAAUGAUGUUGAAAUGAAAUUUAAAGACUCAGAUGAACAUAUCAAACAAAUACAAAAAGAAAAUGAAUUUAAUGAAAUUCAUUUAAAUUAUUUAAGAAGUCAAUUAAAAGAAAUGACAGAAGAAUUAAAUAAUCCAUUAAAGAUUUCUAUUAAACAAGAUUUACAAUCACUUAUUAAUAAAAUUUCAAUUGUUUCAUCAAAAAAACCGAAAUUCAACAAGUGGAAACAAAAUGCUAUAACUGUGGCUGGUGAAAAUGGAUAUGGACAACAAUUAAAUCAAUGCAGUUACCCUGAAGGAAUCUUCAUUGAUGAGAAGAAAAGUAUUUUCAUUGCUGAUGGUCAUAAUCAUCGUAUUGUUGAAUGGAAAUAUAAUGCAAAGGAAGGGCAAAUCAUUGCAGGUGGAAAUGGACAAGGAAAUCGAUUGAAUCAAUUGAAUGGGCCAACAGAUGUGAUUAUUGAUGAACAAAAUCAUUCGAUCAUCAUUGCUGAUCAUGGAAACAAACGGGUGAUUCAAUGGAUGAAUCAAAAUCAACAAAUUCUCAUUCACAACAUUGACUGUUAUGGUUUGGCAAUGGAUAAAAAUGGGUUUCUUUAUGUUUCCGAUCAAGAGAAGAAUGAAGUGCGACGAUGGAAAAUGGGUGAAUAUAACAACGAAGGAAUUGUAGUAGCAGGUGGAAAUGGAAAAGGAACUCAACUUAAUCAACUGAAUUAUCCAGGUUUUGUCUUUGUUGAUGAAGAACAAUCUGUUUAUGUAUUAGAUUUUCACAAUAAUCGUGUGAUAAAAUGGAGAAAAGAUGCAAAAGAAGGAAUAAUUGUGGCUGGAGGAAAUGGUCAAGGAGGGAAUCUUAAUCAAUUAUCUUAUCCUACAGGAGUGAUUGUUGAUGAUUUGGGCCAAAUCUAUGUAGCAGAUUGGGGGAAUCAUCGGGUAAUGCGUUGGUGUGAAGGAAAAGAACAAGGUGAAAUUGUUGUCGAUGGAAAUGGCAAAGGAAAUCAAUUGGAUGGUCCCCGUGGUUUAUCUUUCGAUGAUGAAGGAAAUCUUUAUGUUGCUGAUUGUUGUAAUCAUCGCAUUGAAAAGUUUGAAAUAAUAUUGUGA